AUGGAGGGCGAAGGAAAACCUCCACCGUAUAAUUAUGGAGCAAUUUCUACAGAUGCUAAUUACCAGCAGCCACCACCACCUUACUCCGCUGGAGGUAAGUACGUAAGUAGUAAUAGUACUUUUUCAGAUUGUGAAUAUGAACGGUAUGGGCACGUCUUCUAUCAGCUUCAGCGAUCGCGCUCAGAGCUGAAGUUCUUUUCUAAUGUACGAGAGCUGUGCAAAAGACAAUAUUUAAGGUGGUUAACCUUUUACAGUAGAUACGGUAAUUCAGUGAUUAUUACCUUACUCAUUCGAUUCGUCUUUAGCUUUAACCUAUUUAUGGAGGCUUACGUUACCAGUUUCAGUUUUAGUCAUCGAUUGUGCACGUACCAACGAGUGGAAAAGUAAAGAUUAUUCAAUACGACCGUGCUAGCAAACGUCUCGUUUUGGUUUUAAUUACCCCUUUUAUCGGAGUUUCUACUGUCGUCUUUACUUUAGUCUCCUUCAAUUUGGGAGGAGUUGAACAUUGCUCAUUUGUUUUGGUUAAGAAAAUCGGAGUAGGACAGUUUGCAUUUUAAUUAAUAGUCGAAUCCCUCACAGUCAGCAGAAUUUUUUACUGAAGCCGCUGUGCAGCAUUUAAUAGCCCAGUGGUCUUAGAGUUGUCAAGGGUUACUUUGGUCAUUAAUUUGAAUUUGAAACGCUUUGGCUAUAUGGCCGGUAACCGGUCAAGGUUUUCAAAAUAGUAAAUGACCAGCGGUCCCAUAUUUUUAGUAAAUUUCACAAAUCGAAAAUAUCCAGCCAAACCAAACCAUCAUAUCAGGGGCAGCCAACGAGAAUAUUAUUUUCAAAACCACUUAAACAUAGCAUUGUUAAAUGUAUUUUAGUAUUUAAACGGUAGGUUUGGUAUAUUUUUCUUCCCUAAAACUUUUUCAUCUGUUCGGAUCACAGGUAACCCAGGCUCAGUGUUUGUGCCACGUACCGGUUUCAUAACAUGAGUAAAUAUAGAGAACAUAUGGGGCGAAGAUUAGGUCUGCAAAUUUGCCAGAAAAUGGAAAUAAAAAUCAAUGAAACUUACCAUGUGGCGAGGUGUUGUUGUCCUUAAUAUGCACACGAAAUUUCAAGAAAAAUAGUCUGCUUCAUCUUUCCUACGUAGUAUAGUGGCAAGGUAGGAGGCUGAUGGCAGCGUCGCAGCUCCGAUCGACCCCAAACGAACACUUUUUUUUUGUGAACUUCAAAUCCAGUCGCUGAAUAAACACGCCAGGCUCGUGGAACAUGAAUUUCUCUCAACCUUGAAACCACUGAAGCAUCUCCAGCUAGUAACAUGAAGCCAGCAGGCUCCGUAGAACUCUUACGUUAACCUACUAAAAUGGUGGCCUGAAGCUGUCAGGAUCGCAACUGGUCCAACGGAGCUUGGGGCGCCUGGUGACGAGUAUGUUAAGUCCCCAUGGAGGGAAGGGAGUCCCAGAGUGCUCAAAAAAAUUAACUCGCCACCUGACUACACACUUCCCUCCAUGGGGACUUAUACUCGUCACCAGGUGCCCCGAACUCAGUGCCAUUUUUGAAUUGGACUAGUUGUGAUCUUAACGGCUUCAGGCCGCCAUUUUAGUAGGUUAACAUAUUUCCAUUUUCUAGCAAAUUUCCAGAUUUAAACUUCGCCCCAUAUGUUCUCUAUAUUUAUUCAUGUUAUGAAACCCGUACGUGACAUAAACAGUGAUCCUAGGUUACCUGUGUUCGGAUUUCUUAGCUGAAAGUCUAGUGAUCCGAAAAACUUACCUUUUCAAAAAUUUCAGCCUGAAAAAAGGCUCCCGAAAAUUGUAGGUGACCUUUUUCGGGUAAAAAUCAGUUUAAAAUGAGGAAUUAUACCAGUUUUUAGAUGUUCAAAAAUCCUAGGAGAGGCAGGCAAGCAAGAAAUUUUACACAAAAUGUUCCGAAAAUUCUAGAUCUCAAAUCGUCUUCCGAACAGAUAUUUUCCGAAAAUUGACAUUGGGUGCCCCUGUCAUAUGUCUUGAUCCUAAUCAAACCAGCUGGUUUUUUGGGAUUUCUUUAUCAUGUUUUUGUUGGUCGCGAGUAUUUUGAUGUUCGUGACUAUAUAUAUAGUCAUGAACAUCAAAAUACUCGCAACCAACAAAAAUAUUUUAUGUCCAAAGCAUAGCGUGACAAUCAACAUUGAACGUCAUAUCAGCUUGACCUUUCACACAGCCACUGCGGAAAACCAGUGGGAAAUAUCUCCAUGCUUAGUGUCACAAAAUAUGGUUUCAUUUUCUGAACCCAGCAAAUCAAACACUAAACUUGAAAUCUAUAAAGCAUUUCAGGAUCGCUUGGCUUUUCUUAAUCAACAUGAUAGUUUGGCUUGGCUGGGAUCCUUGGAUAAGUCAAAUUUAUUGAAAAUACCGGACUGCCAGGUAUUUCGUGUUUUGAAAACCUUGACCGGCAGUCGACCUGAAAAAGUAUCAAAGGAAAAACAGCAAGGGGGUGACAGGCCGCACGUCUUCACCGGUGUGAGUCCUUUGGUAACCUUUUACAUAUUGCUUAAUUUUUUCUUAAUCAAUAUAUGAUAGUUUGGAUUGUUUGGGAUUCUUAGAUAAGUCAAAUUUAUUAAAAAUACUGGACUGCUAGUCAUUUGAAAACCUUGACGGGCGUGUCGACCUGAAAAAAGUUCAUUUUCUGACCCCAGCACAAACCAAAUGCCAAACGUGAGAUCUAUAAAGCAUUUCAGAAUCGCUUGACUUUUUUUUGACGGACAUAUGAUAGUUUAGAUUAGCUGUUUUUUUCGAUUUGUGAAAUUUGCAGAAAAGACAGGACUGCUGGUCAUUUAGUGUUUUGAAAACCUUGACCGGUUACCGGCCAUAUAGCCUCAGCGAAUUUGAAAAGGCUGGCCUGCGUUAAUAAGCUUGGAGAAAAAAAAACACAAAGCAUGAAAAAAGAAUUUAAAAAAUGGUGUCAGGGCUAUUUUAUCUCAUGAUAUGGCUCUAAAAUUGAUGUAUUCAACAAAUAGAUUUCAUAUGCAUUACAAAAAGUCUGAUGAUGUCAAAAUGUUGUAAUAACAAAAAAAUGGUCAACAAACCGCAGCAAAAGUUGGUCUCUGUUGUCCUUAACACAUUUUGAUGCCUUCCAUAAUCUGCUUAACUAUCAGAUGCGAUGUUCUGAGUUUUGAUGUCAAAAUGUGUGAAGGACCAAAAAUUGGUGCACAAGGUGUAGAUAAGUGUGCCACCAAUGUUCUUAAUACAUCAGUGAAUCACAAUAAUGAUCAUCAAAUACAAAUGUUUUUAGUACAUUCGGUAUGAAAAUACUGUAAAAGUCUUGUAUUUUUGUAAAUAACAAAUAGACCACAAGUUUUAUAUAGUUUAUGCUGUUUUAUAUAUAGAUCACAUUGAAACGAUAUGCUACAUCUUGAUGGAAUUUUUAUGAUCGAUAAUUGCGUGGACAAAAUUGAUAAGUUUUGUCUUUUUACAAUGACAUUUAUUUUUGAACAGCAAAAACUAGGAAAACCAUAUCGCAAUAUCACUGCACUGUUUAUACUUUCAUAGACAGUAGCUCUCAACCAAAGAGCACAUUGUAUUUUUUCGGUUAAAAGGUGCACUCAUUUGUAAGACGCAUCGUAAACUUUUCAACCCGAUUUUCUAAGUUAUAAGGCCAUGGAUUUUGGCAAUGGUCACCUUAAGGUAUUUGCACAGGCAAAUUUUCAACAUUUUAUUUUGCCCUCAAAAUCUUUCUACAGUAAGUUCAGAUGAUGUAAUAUGCAUAUCUGGUGUUCUUUUUUGAAUAUACCUUCGCACGUAAGAGAAAAUCUACUCAAAAGUUGACUGAUUUACCGGAAGUUAAAGAAAAAUUUUCAUUUCCGUUACUAAGAAAAAGGACGGCAGGAGCGCAAUUUGACUCCUCUUUCCAGCAUCAAGUUCUAUUGAUGCGCUGAACAAAAUCUAUUCACUGCUUGGAUUCAUUGACAAACUACAACCGCUGUACGUCCAACUUGAUUUUUCUUCCUUCUGUUAAAGCUGUGAUGACUAACAUUACUUGCUUCUUGUCAAAAUUUGUUAUGUUCUUGAAAUAUACUCCGUUUUCUAGGACUUAAUAUUGUUUUAAAUUUACAUUACAUCGGUGUGUCUUCUCACCUGAUAUAUUCUGGCAAUUUUGCCGGGAGAGUAAAACGUUUUCUUGGCCCCUAAUCCUCUGGUCUGUUUUUCUGCCAAUUUCUUUCACUUUACAGAAGCAAUUCUUUUCAAUUUUGAAUAAAACUCUUCUUCAAUCUUCAUACUUCGGCGCGCUUCACUGCAUUAAAGCUGACACUGAGUAACGCAUCUUCCGGAAAUGCGUCACACCUAGCAACUGGUCACGUAUCAAAAUCCAAGGGGGCUAUAGAGAGGUCAUUUGGCAUUUUCUUAGGCUUCCACGAGCAUUUCACACAGCGGUGAUUCAAAAUGGCGGGCAAGAAGGUCUGUGAUGGAAGUAUCGAGGAAAAACAGUUGAUUUUGAGAAGAAAAUAAGCUUUUUCACACUGGAAAAGCGUUAAUUACCGCGUGACCGAUUUACCUUGACUUACGGGUACCAGUUUUUUGGAGGAAUGGAUCAUUAUUUCUUCGUGAAAUUUGGCAAAUACACAAAGAGCUUGUUAAUGAACAGAUCUGUGUUUGACUAAAGGCUAGAAUUGCCAUACAGCCGAGUUAUUGAUGUCAAAAUAUGGGUCAAAUUACAAAAUAACAAAUUGUGCCCUAGAGGCUGGAUUAAUUGGAGCUGUGUCGUGGUCAAACACAGAAUUAUUCUAUCUUACGUCCUUAUUUGUGUUACAUUUCCUUUUUAACAAUAACUCUAAGGAUUCUUCUGAAAUUUUGAUUUUUCUCUUUCCGUGCCACCCUAGGGGGUAAUUGAAUUAACACCUUUUGGGUGACAUAACAUAGUUUAUUUUGAUAUAUUCUAGUUCCUCAAGAACUGAGGAAUACUUUCAAUGUAGUGACAUAUAGAUAUUAUCCAUAAAACAACCUCUAAAAAUGAUGCAAAAAUGUGCAAAAUUUGCCUGUGCAGAUACCUUAACUAAAGUAACACACUCUUACAGCUAUUCACCUAUGUGAACUGAAAAGAGGAAAAGGUUACAUAUUUCGAUCAAAAGCAAAAAAAUCACACUUAUCUCACAAAAUGCACUGUUUUCUAAGCUGAGAAUAUUUCAAUGGGGAAUCCGUUUUUGUUGCAUAAACAAAUCAGCUGUCUUGGUUGUGGCAUAUUGACAUUGGUACUGUAUGCAUUGGUAGAAUCAAGAUAAAAUCGAUCGAGUAAUACAUGCAGAGCCUGAAUAUUUUGUAUCUGGUAAAAGUAAGAGCUUGUUCAUCAAAAAAGAUAAAAGAGUGAUAAAAGAGCUCUCACAGUUCUUUUAACAGAUUUAGGAGCUUUCUUCGGAAAAUAAAGGUCUGAAACAAGUGCAAGAUCGCAGUAUAGAAAUAACUGUAAACAAACCGCCAUCUUGGGUCAAGCACGUGCUCAAAAAUUUGCCUGGUUACCAAGGAUCAACAUUCAGUUCAAAAUGAUCAAUGCCAGAUGAUUUGUUUUGAAUGCAAUGAUUCAUUUGUCGUUUAAUACCAGCUUUAAUAGAAGAUGUAAAAGUCGUUGAAAACCGAUAACAAAAAAGAGGAUGAGCAGCUGGAGCUUUUAGAGUCAAAAAGUUGACUCAAUUUUUUUUUUAUGCCCGAAGAUACUCGGUUAUAAGACGCAUCCCACAAUUACGACAGACUUAGAGCCAUCAAACAAACUUUUUGUUGAAAAAGUUGUGUGCCUUAAAAGCAAAAAAAUACAGUAUUAUCCUGGCACUGCUAUUCACCUUAGCUUCUGUUAAUGAUUUCAUAUUCUAAUUCCCAUGAUAUCUUGUGUCCUGUAGGAACUUAUCAAGGGGGCAUGGGAAAACCUGGACAAUACCCCCCUCAUCCACAACCUUACCCCCAGCCCUACCAACCUUCCCCACCAGUUGGACAGCCUACCACCACAACAACCAUCAUUACCCCUCCAGGUCCUGUGUAUGUCAACAUGGUCUUUGGAGAGUCACCUGUCAGCAUGGUUUGUCCUCAUUGCCAGACACACAUCAUAACUUGUACAACAUAUCAAGAUGGGAUCUUGGCUUGGCUUGCUGCUGGAGCUCUUUGUCUGUUAGGGUAAGAUACUCCUCUCUCAAUGAGCUCCUGUAUAAGAUGUCUGCCUAAAAUGGACACCUAGAAUAAUGUUGGUCCCUGGUAAAUAAAACAAACACAGACAAAAAUAUAGACGGCUUAGUAAAUUACUUUCCCAUGAUUUUAAGAUCAGUAUCGGGAAGAAAAAAGAAAAAGUUACCCAUAAUUUUCUGACAAUGUUAUCCCCCUAAAAUGAUGAAGUUUCCAUCAACAAGUGUCUGCCCUACUUUAAACAGAGCCACAGAAACUAACUGUAAAAUGGUUGGGUAGGGACCCAUAUGAGAGAUUUACUGGCCAAAGGCAAUGUUUAAGCUACUUUUGAAGAAUGAGAAUUGUAGAAAAGUCAAGACUCCGGGUCCAAAAUUAACUUUUUGGUACAAGUGCCAUCUUGCAAAUUAGCAAAAAUUUCGGUCUCCAGAUGGCAUAAAGUGGUGGCUGGCAUUUUUAAGUAAGGGCAUUGGUCUUACUGCUUUUUGUACUCUUUUCAUUGUAAGGUAUUACCAUUAGUCCCCUCACUGCUUUUUCAUGCGUUAGUUUGUUUAUAUGGUGGUCACUAAUGCGCCCAGAAAUAAAUAUUGAGAGCUGGCAACCACAAUUUCAAGGCUAGUCGCGAGUAGGCAACUGAUUAAGUUUUGAAAAGCAGUUCGAGAAUCAGGUGGUAUUGCUUUUUUUUUUCCAAACUUAUGUUUUAUCCUGCCAACAGUUAUCUAAAUUAUGUGUACAGUAGGUCCACAUCAGCCUAUGGCUGGCUUUUUUUUAACCUUCUCAAAUAAAGUAAAUUCUUUUUAUAUUUUUUUUCUUUUUUUUCCCAAAAGCUGCUGGCUGGGUUGCUGUUUGAUCCCUUUCUGUUUGGAUGGCUGCAAAGAUGUCAUCCACUCUUGUCCAAACUGUCAUGCAAGGCUUGGAAGCUACCGCCGAAUGUAGACAGCUUUCUCUUCUCUCUUCUCAUUGUAACUUAUCUUUGGUUUAGUACUCCGUGUCCGUUAAUUACAAUGGUAAUGACAGGAAGAUGGUGAUAUAAUUCCCAAAGGAAAGAACUUUUCCUCACAAGCAACGUUCAGUACAAUAUCAUUUUCAUUAAUUUGUUAAUCAGUCUCCGAUUUCCAGAAUUGUCAGUCUUGUAUCCCAAAUUUGAUUAUUAGCCAAGUUAAUCUUUAUGAGAAAUCUUAAAUGUUAUUGGCCCAGUUAAAGUAAGGCUGUGCUGUAGCUGUGUCCCUGGUGCCUUACUUUUGCCCUUGAGUGAUAAAGAAAUAUUAGUUUUAAUAAAACUCAAUGUUUCAUGCUCAGGAUUUCACAGGUUUAGGGCAAUGGGCUUUCCACAAUUUAUUCUAAAGCACAACCUUGCUUUGGGAAAGUGCUCAGUAUUAUUUCAUGCACACAUAAAGGGUACUGUUUUUUGAGGUACCAAUAUUUUUCCUUGCAUGUCACAAGAGCUGUUGGGAGACAACUGAUUAUUUGAAUUUUUGGAUGGUUUAUUUAUGCACAGAUAACAGCAUUACAACUUCGUUUGGAAAGUUGAAGAGUGGCUAACAGCCAGAACAAUAUUACUUGUCUUGCUGUUCUUUCAUCAGCAUUAAUUUUUUAAAAUUAUUGUGGGAAAAAUAGUGCCCCAAAUACCAGGUUCAGAAAGUACAAGCCUGAGAAAACAGCCGACAUUUUGCAAUGCCACCACUGGUUUUCCCUGGGAAGUGAGAUCUGAGGGCAACUGCAGAAAUUCCGUAGUGAUAACCUGUCUCUACCCAGAUCUGAGUCAUGCUUCUGAUUGGUUGAGGCAAGUGUCCCUUGCAGCAUGACCAUUCAGAAGCAGUACCCAGAUAUGGGAAGUGACACAUCAUCAGUAUUGAAUUCUCUGCACUUGUGUCUCAGAUGUCAUUUCCCUGGGAAAAAAGUGGAUCAAAACUGAGGUUGAAUUCUUAAGGGACCAGCAUGCAAAGAAAGUCGUGUCCGAUAGCCCAGGGCUAGUGGAUUUUACUUUCAGGCUAGUGAAUUCUGUUCUUAACUUCCCCAAUGGGCAAGUGAAUUUUUGGGGGAAAUUCAAAUUACAAAAGGAUUGUAAUCAAUCCUUCUAAUCAAAAAGGGUUUUUGGGCUAGUUGAAAUGACUUGUGGGCUAGUACAUGCUAGCUACAGCUUUCCCCGAAUGGCAGGCUGUAAAACUGACUUUCUUUGCACCCUGGGGACUUAAAAGAUAAAGACCUGAAUAUGAGAUAGUAUAUUAUUGAAUAGAGUAAUGGUUCUUUAGGAACGAUCCAUUGUCAAGAACAUAAAUCACAGUUAUAUUUUAGUAUACCCUAGGCAAAGUUUCUAUAGAGAGUGUAGGUAUAUAAACGAUGCAAUGACUCUUUAAGUCGGGAAAAUGUAAUCACUAAAAGCAUUGUUAGUAGAGGAGACUGUCCCCUCUACUAACUAUGGUAAAAGAAAGUCUUGGAGUAUUUGAGUGGUUUUUUUCUCCCUUUUUUUCUCUUCAGAGUAACAUAAAGUUUGUGCCUUUUCAUCUUUUGGGAAAGGAAUUUACCUGAGCUCAGCUUGCAUAAAAAUUGCUUUUCAUUAGAAGGAGCAAGACAUGAAAACUGACCGAAUUCCCUGCCCUUGUGUGCUAUGGUGCAUUCUUACAGGUGCAAGGAUUUUCCACAUCUGUUAACCCUUUAAAUCCCAAAAGUGACGAACAUCGUUUUUCUCCUAACAUCUUAUGAGAAGGUCAUGAGAAUUAAGUAAUGAUCCAGGUAAGAAGGAAAGCAAUUUCUAUUGUUGUGGCGCAAUACGCUUUCCUCACAUAGAAAUGUUUUCAUUUUUACGCAGAGAGUGCAUAAAUCUACAAAAAGGCUGUUUACGAAAGAAAAUGUAUUUAAACUCCACUUUUAAAGGGUGUAUUUUUGUGUUAAAACAUUUCGACCAAUCACAAGAGUUGCAAACAAUGGCCAAGAAAUGUUCACAAUUUUACAUGAUCC